AUGAGUACACACAUCACCAUACUCACAGAUGAUUCAACGGGUAUCUCUAUCUCGCUUGGUGGUAUGUAUUACUUCUGUGUUCGACCUAAAGACUGGGUUCCUGGGCAUCACCCCGGCAUACUUCAGGUUGAAGUUAAUGGGGGAACGCUGGAUACAGAAUUUGACGACAAUAAUAAGGACCGGUUCUGGGAAUUUCCCGGCCCAGUGAGUCUUCCUGCAGGCCAGAUAACGCUUGCCUUGCAUGAUCUCACAGGAUCCUACGGACGCUGUGACGCCAUCUUCUGCAGCCGUGACAAGGCACCUCCUCCACUGAGAACCGACGGCGUAGCACGAUCACGGCGACGCCAACUCCUUGGCUUGCCCGAUACGCCGGGAUCUGUAGGAAUCUUCGACUUCGCCGUGCUCGGAGGCGGCAUCCUGGGGGCCGCUGCUGUUCUGACAGCAGCCCAGUCGAGCCCAAGCGUGGCUCUCAUCCAUAACCGGCCUUAUUUGGGAGGCAAUGCGAGCCUAGAGAUCGGACUUAGCCCACGUGGCAUCAUUGGGCUAGUGGUCGAAAAGAUUUCCAAGCGCACGUUUACUGGUGGUUUGAAAGCGCCGCAGCUGCUAGAGGCUGAGCCUAAUGUUACCAUAUUCCCCGAAUAG